GCCGUGGUUUCCCCGUGCCCUCUAACGUAAAACCCCGGACGUCACCUUCCUUCCCCCUCCCCUUAGCAACAGCGGCAACAUGGCGGCGUCCAGUAACGCGGAGCAGUCUCCAGAGAUAACAACGCCGUUAAAGAUACCAAAAACCGAGGUGCCAUCCCCUGAGUCGGAGGAUUUAAGUGACAGUAAUCAAUACCACUCUAAUCCCUCGACACCAAACCGCUUCUCGCCUCUGAACGUGGGCUCGGGGACCACGGGCCGGACGGCGGCCUCAUCCUCCUCCAACAGCUUCACUGCUUGCCGAGGGAUGUCAUGGACGCCGUCCGAGACAAACGCCCUCAUUGCGGUCUGGGGCAACGAAAGGCUGACGGAGGCGAGAAUGCAGCAGCUGGAGGUCGCUGGCACCGUCUUCUCCGGUAAGGCCCCCGGUCCUGCCAUGUACGAGCGUGUGUCCAGAGCCUUGGCAGAGCUGGGGUACGAGAGGACCCCGUCCCAGUGCAGGGAGAGGAUGAAGACGCUUCGGCGUUGCUACAGCCGUGUGAAGGAGCAUGGCAUCGGGAAAAGAAAGAGCAGCUACACCAUAGAGCAGCUGGAGAAGGUGUUCGGUCAGGGAGGCUGGGACUCCCAGAGCUGCGCCCCAGUGCUGAUAAACAGCAGCGGGUUGUAUCAAGAGAUGGAGUCUGAUGGCAGCACCCUGGAAGACUUCUCCCAGGAGGACUGGUGCAACCAGGUGCUGGACUCUGCUUUCCAGGAGGGAGACAUGGACACUGAGGAAAUCCAGGUGCCUAAAAACAGAGCUCUACAGAUUCAAGCAGAGCUGUCUGAACAAAUCCAAAAAAGGGACACGAUGCAGACUGUGAUUCGUAUCCUUGAGUCAGUGGAGCUGAAGUGGGAGCACUUCCAGACUUGGACUGAGUUCUCACGGCUGCAUCUCUCCAACAAGUUGGCCAUCUUCGGCGUGGGCUACAACACGCGCUGGCGUGAGGAUGUGCGUUACCACUACGCCGAAAUCAGCUCGCAGGUGCCGCUGGGAAAGAGGCUUCGGGAGUACUUCAACCCCGAAAAGCCAGAGGGCCGGGUCAUCAUGACCAAAGUUCAGAAAAUGAACUGGAAGAAUGUUUACUACAAGUUCCUGGACAUUACCAUUAGUGAAGCGCGCUGCCUGGAGCUCCACAUGGAGGUGGACUGGGUCCCUGUGUCACAGUCCCGGGCGACAGGCAGCAGCAAAGUCACAUCCCACUACCUCCUCCCUGGGGACAUCCCCAAGACAUAUGGACUAUAUGCCAUUGGCUACGAGGCCCUGCUGGCCUGUAACGACACUGCUCAGACCUAUCCUCUGGAAGACAGCGAGAACCACAGCUUACCUCAGAGUGAAAACGGAGCUCAGAUUCAGGUCGACGGGGAAGGAGCAGGGCAGGACGACAGGACUGGGGCAAAAAUCACCUACUGCUACCUGGGCAUAGCUGAGGACAGAACCAUACAGCAGUGUCUCUUCCAGCACUUUCAGGGUUCUGGGAAACACUACGUCCACAGGGAGCCUUCCAGCGUGACGCUUUUCUUACAGGAGAACUGUUGCAACGCUGCGACAAGCGAGGGCGGCGAACACUCCACGCAACGUUUUGCUAUUUACAUAAAAUUCAUUGAGGUGGAGUUGGACUUCCUGUCGGCAGGCUCCCUGGUGGAGUGCCUCGAGACCGCCGUCGGCUAUUCCUUAAAAUACAACUACAAAGAAGCAUUGUAAUACAGCUCAGUGAGAUUUUUACUAACUAAAGAUAUAACAGUUGUUACAGCCAGCAGCUAAAUGAAAGGUGGUAAACUAUUCUGGGAGAAAGCAUGUGUAAGCAGGUUGGCAAAUGUUUAUUAUUAUGGGCAGCAGCCAAUGGUUACAGUUAUUCAAUGUGUAUUUAUCUGGCAAUCAUCUUCCCAUUUACUGAAAUUACUAUUCAAAAUGCAUUUUUUAAAAUAUAUUUAAUCUACUUUCACAAGCUUUAAUGCUGCAAAUAUUCUAAUUUUGAAAUAUUUAAGCAGGAAAAGUUUGAUUUUUUAUUAAAAACCAUAAAGAAAUGGGAGAACUUGAGCUGAACAGUUACAGAGCUGCAACACUUACAAUACAAGUACUUGAUUUUUGACUAAUGUGCACUACAAAGGUUAUGCUGCUUGUUUAACGUAGAUGAAUAUUGCCUCAUCAGGGAAUGUGUGAGAGGUCGGCAAGGUGACUACUGCAGUAUGCAUCUGUCUACCUCAGUAGGAUGUAGCAAACCAAGCAGCCAGGGGACCAGAGUGUUCAUUUAUAUUUAUUUGAAACUGCCUUUUACUUUUGACUGUUGAGGUCUGGACCUGAAGUCGUGAAGCGUCUGUGAGAGUGUAGGCCGAUUCUGAUGCCUUAUGUUUUGCACACAUAACUGGCCGACAGCAAGAGAUGCUUCCAUGCAAACUGUUGGCGUUAGCCGUUCUUCAUCCAGCUGAGUCAACAUGAGAUGCUGAAUCCUAAAUGUCGUGAAUUCAGAUUGUCUUUAUUGAUUCAGACUCUAAUCAGUUUGUGGUUUUGUGUCAUAUGUAGAGACAAAAUGUUUGUUUUUUUAUGAAUAUUACAUCUCAACAUGUUAGUUUUUAUUCUCAGAAAACCUCCUCACAUUGAUCAUUAGCUAUUUAUGUUGAUCAGAAUUUUUCAGGCAGAUCUGCACACACAGGUCCUGACAGCGGGACAUCUGCUUGUAAGUUGUCAGCCUAUCCAGUGGUAGAUUCUUGAACCUAAAUACCUCUCUUCCAGGACUCAUCUAUGAGUGCAUUCAAGAACUGAUGAAGAGAAAUGUAAGCCUUGGCUAUGGUUAGCUAGUGCCUGGUAUUUCUGAUUGAUUCCUAUUGGGAAUUAAACUUUGAUUCCCAAUCCUAUCCACAUGUCUGUUAGAGAUGCCUAGAUGCCAGGAAUUUUUUUUAUUUGAUCUUAAAAAAGAUUAAGACCAAACUUUGAGUUAGACUCUACCAUGUAAACAACAUCUUCUGAUUGUAUUAAAGCUCAUAAAGGUCCUAUUCAGUGUUGGCAAUAGCUAAAUUAAUCCAAAUGGACUAUGCUGAUCUUAGUCUCAUUAUGUAGACAUGUAUACAGACUUAUUCAAACACAGAUAUACAGCUGUUUUACAGCAUAUCUGUUAGGAUCCAGAGGUCAAAUUCAUCUAUAUGAGCUUGUUUCAGGUGGUGAAAACAUCAGUGAAACGAAGACACUGUUGCAGCAAGAGAGAAACUUCAAAUCUGGAUAAUGCUUUGUGUUAUAAUUAAGGCUUUGAAUGGGCACAGACGCUGCAGGUGCAUAAGGGGUCAUAAUGUUUGGAUGAGUCAUGAAUCAGACUAUUCUCUGUAUCAUGUAACCAGGAAUAGGACUAGAAUAGUCUAGUUUAGAUUGGAGUCAGAACAUCGUUGUGCAUUGUACACGAAGCCAUUUUAUCCUGUACAUUCACUUCUGUUAGCACCGUGGUUACCAUGGUGACUUAGUGUUGAUCAGACACCAUGUUUUGCCUUUUUUAGUAUUGAUGUACUGUACGGCAGUAUUUAUUGGUGACCAAUGCUUUUGGAGCAUCUCUUGCUGCAGCCAUGGGGUCUUGGGUAUAAUUAGACAGUCCCCACAGACUAUACCGACAAGUUACCGCCCACAUACUGGUAUUUCAGAUGCAGAUAACAUUAAAUCUUUCCUGUGGUGAAUAGUUUUCCCUACAGGACCAAAGUAAAGAAAAAAAAAACGCACUGAUCUACAUCUCCCAGUGAGGUUUAGACAUAACACUGCAGAAGGUUGCUCAUUUUCCAAUAAUCAAACUGAAUCCUUAAUGGACAUCAUUCCAUAGGUUAUGUGCAAUGUGGCAGGAAAGGAUUGUGUAGAAAAGAAACAUUGGAUGCAUUCAUGUGAAUCUAUGUGUAUGAAAUCCACCACAUAUAUAUAUAACUAUAAUAUAUAUUUAAGAAUAUUGAUGUUCUUGAGCAUUCCAGCUUUUGGAAACUUGCAGCAUUUCAUUUGUUUGGGUAUACAGUAUAUUAAGAUAAUAUGAUAUUUUCUAUCUUAUCGGUUGAUACCUCGUCUUGUGAUUGUUUCAGAGUCACCGUCUUGUAUGUUUACAUGUUUGAAAAACAAUAAAUGGGGCACACGCUGUUGUUUUAGUGAAACUGGA